AUGACUUCUAAAACUCCCGUCAAUUUCUUGCUUGGUACUCACCAUGUGGGCGAUAGCACCAAGAGCCCACUGGCACCAUUUGACAAACCAGAGGAUGUCCAGGCUCUAUUGGACGCAUUCCAUAGUCGCGGAUAUAACCAUCUUGAUACAGGCCGCAACUACUCCCUCCACGCUCCGGGCUCCAGCGAGGAUCGCCUGGGCAAGUCCAAGAACCUCAGCCGCUUUGUCAUCCACACCAAGGUUGAAGACGGCUUUGUUGGAGCUCACGAGGCAACCAAAAUUCACGCCAGCAUCGACAAAUCGCUCAAGGCUCUCAACGUCUCCAGCGUAGAGACCAUGUAUCUCCACGUGCCGGAUCGACAGACACCUUUUGCGGAGACAGCACAGGCACUCCACGAGGCCAAACAACAGGGAAAGUUCAAGCACUGGGGUUUGUCUAACUACGCCGCAAGCGAGGUUGAACAAUUCAUCAAGAUUUGCGAAGAAAAGGGUUACGAUAAGCCCAAAGUGUUUCAGGGCCACUACAAUCCAAUUGUGAGAGGAGGCGAGAAAGAGCUCUUUCCAGUGUUGAGGAAGCACGGAAUCGCGUUUGUUGCUUAUAGCCCGGCUGCAGGUGGCUUCUUCAACGGCAAUGUAGCUACAUCGACACGAUGGGAUAGCGAGAAUGCUACCGGAACACUGUACAAUGCACUGUAUAAGGAUGCCGCUGUCCGAGCCUCCGCCGCCAUUGUGCAUGACGCUGCAGCUAGACAUGGCAUCAGCGGACAUGCUGCUGCAAUCCGAUGGACAGCGUACCACAGCGCUCUAGAUGGAAAAUUCGGCGACGGAGUUGCCUUCGGGGUGUCCAAGGUAGAGCAGGUACACAAGACGUUGGAUGCACUUGAGGCUGGUCCCCUACCAGCCGAUGUGGCUGAUGCCAUCACCGCCAUCUAUGCGACGGUUGAGGGCUCGGAGCCUCCGUACUUUCUUGGGGAGGCUACUACUAAACUUGUAUCUACACAGGAACAGUAA